GAAAAACGCAAACCGAACCCUUUCGCCAGUUCAUUUCCACCGCUUUCGAUUUCUGAUAUACAGCAGACAGAGAGAGACGGUUCCUUCCGCUUGCUCUUGCACCGUAUUUAAUGACCAGCUAAUUCCGGAAGUCUUUAUCACGAGAAUUGCUCUACGAACCCCCUCACUCCAACCCCACUGUUGAAAUCCUGACAUCGCUGAAUCAGAAAAUUGCCUGUGGGCCUCUGGCCUCACCUGUCACGGUGAUUCUAGUCUUAUCUCGGGCGCGCUCAAUAGCAGCACGUCCUCGGUGCAGUUUCCAGCACUACUUCGCGACCAUGUCCACCAAAAGGACGACGCAAAUACUCCCUGUUCACGCACUGAACGCAGAGGGGCCUGGAACCAAGACCCUGGCACAAUGGUGGGCGGAUGAACGCAGUCGAGGAACCCCCGAAGCCGCCGCAGUCGCUAAAGCAGCGGAGGCGCUUCGUACAACAGACAUACCAGUUGCAUUCCCAACGGAGACAGUAUACGGUCUUGGAGCAGAUGCGACACGGAGUGAUGCUGUUCAGGGCAUAUAUAAAGCCAAACAGAGGCCCUCUGAUAAUCCGUUGAUUGUCCAUGUGGACUCGAUGGACAUGUUACAACGCAUUCUGAACCCCGCAGACGAGAAAUACUCUCUUACGGCCGCUUCGGAGCAGGAUAUGAUUCCACCCAUCUAUAGGUCUGUAAUAGCUAAGUUCUGGCCUGGGCCCUUGACGAUUAUCCUUCCGAAUCCGCCGCACUCAGUCCUAGCAAAGGAAGUCACCUCGAAUCUUUCCACAUUUGGCGUGCGGAUGCCAGCCUCACCUUUCGCCCGUCUCCUUAUUCAUGUCACCGAUCGACCACUGGCAGCUCCCUCUGCAAAUGCCUCGACGAAACCAUCUCCAACAACCGCGCAACACGUGUAUCACGAUCUGCAUGGACGCAUAGAUUUGAUUCUAGACGGAGGUCCUUGUGGUGUAGGAGUAGAGAGCACGGUCGUCGAUGGUCUUUCAAAUCCUCCAGCUAUCCUUCGACCGGGUGGCAUUGGGCUCGAGGAGCUACGACAAUGUCAGGGCUGGGAGAACGUCGUCAUCGGAUACCGUGAUAGUUCUCUAGAUGUGAAGGAAGUACCGCGUGCUCCCGGGAUGAAAUACAGACACUAUUCCCCUCGAGCAAAGGUUGUCCUCUUCGAACCGGAAUCAGACCCAGCAUCUGUCGCAAAUCACAUCCGCAAGGAUCUGGAGAACAGCGCAGUUUGCGCACACAACAUCGGAAUCGUUCGGACCAGAAACUGGGGCAAAUACCUAGGGCUCAACGCAGGACACGAAUCUUCCGAACAGACCAGGGAAGAACCAGAAACGAAGGCAACGCUGGACUUAUUCAAGAUGCCCAUAGAAUCCCCCUGCGGUAGUUCCCCCAAGACUAUCUUGAAGGAAGUCUACGACUACCCGCUCGGAUCAGACGUCGAGGCCAUCGCGCGAGGUCUCUUCUCCGCUCUUCGUACGCUAGACAGCAUAGGCGUCGAGAUCAUCUACGUCGAAGGAAUUGCAGAUGACGAAGGAGAUCUCUCUGCGGCCGUCAUGAACCGGCUCAGAAAGGCAGCAGAGGCGGAAGUCAAGGCUUAGAGUUUAGAAAAAAGGAAGAAUGGAUGUUCCUUUUUUUAGCUGCGAUAUCAAAGUCAUGAGACGCAUUUAGAUUUCUUUUCUUUCUUUGUGCCCUUUUUUUUUCCCAUUCGGUUUAUUUUGUCUUUAUGGUUCUUCUUUCUUCCUUCCUAUUUCUCGGGAUGCCCAUUUCUUGUUCGCAUUGCUCUAGAGCUCUCGUUUUUUUUUUUUUUUUUUACUUUUGGCAUUAUUCGCUACAUAGGUA